CUUCCAGCGUGAAUUCGUGUUGUAAAAGAAAAAUAGGAAGAAGAAGAAAAUACAAAUGGAAAUUAGGAAUAAAUAGUGCUAUUUAAAGAAACUUAGGAUAUCGCUAAAUUAUAAUAUAAAGUUAAUGACGUGUUUAAAAAAUUAUGGCGAAAAGAAAAGCUGGCGUUAAUGACAUUAUAUACGAGUUGGACAACGACGAUAUAGAAAUAAGCAGUGACGAUGAAUGCAAGGAAUCUAAAAAGAAGGUUUUGAAAGCUGACGCUGUAAGUGCACCUUCCGAGAACGCAGAUUCAAAGAAAGGAAACGAAGAAAUCUGUGAUGUUGUUGAUAUUACGGAAGAUUUAAAUUCAACUGACCAAUCUCAGUCGGGCGACACGAAUGGAGGGAAAACGGACGACAACAUUGUUCAAAUCAACAUUGAUACAAACGAUAUUACCUUUAGUGAUGAUGACUCGAGUAAAAAGAAUGUGGACGAAUCCAACACGAUAUUGUUUAAUGAGGACAUGGUUAUCGACUCCCCGGCGUCCAACACAGAUUUGGGGGUAGUGGGAUGCGAAAACAGAACUCCCCUAGUGACAAUAAGGUUCAAAGAUACUCGUUUAGCAAAUACCUACAAGAAACAAGUCAAAGAAUUCUUACUUAGGCUCAUCCAAUUAAAUUGCGACCAUAAUAUUGAAGAAGACGGUGAUGACACAGAUAUAGAACUUGAUAUUUGGCCGGAAGAUUUAGAAGAAACUAAGGAAACUAGUCAACCCAUAGAAGAAGAAGAUAAUAUCUUCUUUAUUGAUACUGCGCCAUGCGACAAUGAACCAAUUGAAAUACCUAAAUAUAGUCAAGUAACUUCAUUAAUUUCUAACAGUCCAGAAAAAGUGGAAGAGUCACCUAGACUACAACGCAGGGGUCCUAUUUGUUUUAACUGUGACGGAGAGCAUGCGCUCAGAGACUGUUCUAAACCACGGGAUCAUGUAAGAAUAGCAGAGAAGAGGAGGAAUAUGGGACCUAGAGUUGGGCGAUAUCAUGUGGAGGAUGAUCAAAAAUAUGGCCACCUGGUUCCAGGCAGAAUAUCUGGGCAGUUAAGACAUGCCCUGGGCCUCAAGAGGAAUGAGCUACCUAUGUAUAUCUACAGGAUGAGAAUGUUAGGGUAUCCACCAGGGUGGCUGGAGGAGGCAAGGAUAUCACACUCUGGAAUAGCCAUGUUUGAUUCCACUGGUUCUGCCAUUUUAGAUCCAGAGGAGGAAGAUGGGGAGUGUUGUGAGCCGGGAUCUAAAGAUAAGUUUGACAUCAAGAAAAUACUGGACUUCCCCGGCUUCAAUGUCCCUGCUAGCUCCAGAUAUGUUGAGGAAGGUCAUUUGUAUGGAAUACCGCCGAUUUCGGACCAGGACAGCAAAUUAGCCAUGCUACAAACACUCGCACCUAACGCUAUGAAAGCAUACAAGCGGAAGAAGUUGACAUUCUUCCCAUCCGCGGAACGUAACUCAUUGCAAGGACAGGCAGAGAUGGAGUUAGACAGUGGUGAUGAGGCAACAGAGUUCCCGUCGGUCCCGCCUCUGCCAGACGAGGCGCCGCCGCCGCCGCCCCCGCCCCCCGCGUCGCCCCCACCAGCAUCCCCUCUCAAAUCCUCCCCCAGCAAGAGCAAGGACAAAACAUCCCCGCCCAAAGACAAAACAUCCCCGUCCGAAGACAAUAUUUCUAUAGAAGACGAAAUCACCAAUUUAGACGACAGUGACGUCAUUAUACUGGACGAGGUAAACAGCGCGUCUGAUGUUGAGAUUACGGAUGUGAUGAAGGUCAUGGAUAUACCAAUACCGGAGGAAGAUCUUAUCACCCUUGAUGAAAUUAGCGACACCUCCAUAUUGGACAAUAGUGCUGACAGUCUCACGCUUGACGAUUUGGAAAAGAAAAAGGCGAUGCUACUAAAUGCUCUAGAGGGCGACGUGGGAAAUGAAACUUUAGAAAUAGUUGACACUGAUCAGGAGCUAGACAACGAUGAAACUAAGACUGAAACUGAAAACAUAUCGGAGGAAAUAGAGUCGAAAGCUGAGGAUUCUAAGACGGAAACUCCUCAGCAACAAAAUUCUGCAGGUGACCAAAUUACGCCAAGUGUAGACAGAAAGAAUAGUGAUAAUAUGCAAACACCAAUUGCAGACAGAAAGCAAAGUAACGAAGACAUGAAAACGCCAAGUACAGACAGGAAAGAGAAACAAAAUGAGACAGAAAAGACUCCAAGCCUGGAUAGAAGGAGGAGCGACGCAGAUUUAAAAACACCAGACUCGAAGGCAGGGUGCGUUAAAACAACCUCGUAUGGUACUCCCGUUGUAAAUAGUUGUCCCUACUCCAACCUGCCGAGCGGUGACAAAUUUGCCAAAGACAUUUGUGACGUCAUCAACUUUGAAAACCUUCCGAACUCCACAGGUAAGUACAAGAAAAUCUGUAGUCUGCUUAAAAAAGUUAAGUCGGAGGUGGACAGAAUACAAGACUCAUGAUCAGCAGAUACCACCUUGUAGGUGGUAAUAAAUAUUUUUAUACUGCCCUUACAUAGCCUUUUUGCAUCAAAAAGUGGACUUAGAAAGGUACAAAUUGUAGAUAUUGAAUCUAAGUGUUUGUUACCAUUUUCUAGAAAGCAAUAUUUUUUUAUUUCAUUGGUCUAGAUCAGUGGUCCCCAACC